GCUCUUAGCGAAGUGGGCGGAAGUGGAGCUUGCUGCGGCGGAGGGAUAAAUUAGUGAGUCUGAAAGACGCGCUUCCUUUUUUCUGUGGCCGCCAUAGUGAGUGGAGCGCGCUUCCCGGCGAGCCGAAACCUUAUUACCGAUCAUGGCCUGUGCCCGACCCCUCAUCUCGGUGUACUCCGAGAAAGGAGAAUUUUCAGGUAAAAAUGUUGUCAUGCCGGCUGUGUUCAGAGCUCCCAUUCGCCCCGAUGUUGUGAAUUUUGUGCACACCAACAUGCGCAAGAACAGUCGCCAGCCUUAUGCAGUCAGUGCACUGGCAGGACACCAAACCAGUGCUGAGUCCUGGGGUACAGGAAGAGCUGUGGCCCGUAUCCCUCGUGUGAGGGGUGGCGGUACUCACCGCUCUGGCCAGGGCGCUUUUGGAAACAUGUGUCGUGGAGGGCGCAUGUUUGCCCCCACCAAGACCUGGCGUCGUUGGCACCGCAGGGUCAACAUUCCCCAGAAGCGAUAUGCCAUCUGCUCAGCCCUGGCUGCUUCUGCGAUCCCUGCACUUGUCAUGUCAAAGGGGCACUGUGUUGAGGAAAUCCCUGAGGUCCCUCUGGUUGUUGAAGACAAAGUUGAGGGUUACAAGAAGACUAAGGAGGCUGUACUCCUGCUGAAGAAGCUCAAAGCCUGGAAUGACAUAAAGAAGGUCUACGCCUCUCAGCGCAUGCGUGCCGGUAAGGGUAAAAUGAGAAAUCGUCGACGCAUUCAACGCAGAGGGCCUUGCAUCAUCUACAAUCAAGAUUCUGGUGUCACAAAGGCCUUCAGAAAUAUCCCUGGAAUAACUCUGCAGAAUGUAAACAAGCUGAACCUUCUGAGAUUGGCCCCUGGUGGUCAUGUUGGACGCUUCUGCAUCUGGACAGAGAGUGCUUUCCGUAAGCUAGAUCAACUGUAUGGCACCUGGCGUAAAGCUUCCUCCCUCAAAGUUGACUACAACCUGCCAAUGCAUAAGAUGACAAACACAGACCUGAGCAGGAUUCUGAAGAGUGAGGAGGUCCAGAAAGCACUUCGUGCACCCAACAAGAAGAUCAACCGCAGAGUACUGAAGAAGAAUCCCCUUAAGAACAUUAGGGUUAUGUUCAAACUGAACCCCCACGCCAAGACAGCAAGACGUCAUGCCAUUCUUAAGCAUGACCCCAAGAUCAAGGCAAAAAUGCUGAAACCUAAGAAGAAGCCUGGAAAGAAAGGAGCACCGAAGAAAAUCAAGGCAUAAAUUUAUACUUGCUGACUAGAGUUAAUUAAGGCUGACUGGAGUUCAUUAAGAAAAUAAAUAAUUGGUUUCAA